GCAUGGGCUCUUCGAAGUUGCGCCCCUCGCGUUGUGGCGUUGGCCCCACAUUGAGCACUUCGAACCCUUGAAACAUGUUACAGGGCUCACUGCAGCUGCGAUUGUGUCUGAUCGGUUUUGAGGAAGCGAAGGUGUGCCAACCUUUCAGAAUGCAAGCCUCUUGCACCGCGAAGAGCAGACAGUCUAGAAAGCUUUGCAUGCUGCGCAGACGAUCCUUAGGCAGAGUCGGACUUUGUCGUUCCGAUGGGGCCAGCAACUUUGAGCUCUCAGCUGAUUAGGCGAGUCAACCUCAGUGGUGUUUCUGCUCUGACGGCAGGACAAAGCUUCAGGUGCGGAAAGUCUGCUUCGAGAUCCCUUCCUCUUUCUUCAUCGUAUCCGAGCUCCCAAUCGAUUUGUGCAACUUCCAGAAAAGUUUCAGACUACAAGGAGCUGGGCUUUGUUCCAGCUGAUUUGAGCCAACAUAGAAUUAUAGGACACAGUGUGAGGAGAAACAUCACUUGCAUGGCUCGUCGUGGUGAAGACACUCUGACUAAGCCCCGUGAGAGCACAAACCCAAAGGACGAAGACAGACUGAAAAGCCUUUCUGGAACUGAGAGCCGCCCAGCCAUGAUGGAGGUCGAAGAUACCUCCCUGGGGUUCACCAACCGGUUGCUCAACGUAGUUGCACCGGUCACUAUUUUCGUGACGGUGGCUGUGACGUCACCGGUGCUGUUGGUCUGGAGGGGGGUGAAACAGCUGGCCAAUCGCCCCCUGGAUAUGCGGGACAAAGUGGUGGUGGUCACUGGGGCCAGCUCCGGGAUUGGGAUGCACAUCUCGUAUCAAUAUGCUGGGCUGGGGUCUCGCCUCGCGCUGGUCGCCCGGAGGGAGGAGAAACUAGAUGCAGUUGCUGAAGAAUGCAGACGUCGUGGCGCCCCCGACGUGUUGACUGUGCCGGCGGACCUAGGCACCCAGGACGGGUGCAGGGAAGCCGUUGAGCAAGCGGCGAAACACUACGGCAGACUUGAUUGCGUCGUGCUCAACGCCGGUGUGGCCCACAUUUACAAAUUCGAGGAGGUGCAAGAAACCGAGGGCUUCCGCUCGAUCAUGGACGUCAACUUUUGGGGAUACGUCUUUUGCGCCAAAUACGCGCUGAAGCACCUGCGCCAAACCGGCGGGCAGCUGGUUGUCAACGAUUCCAUCGCGGAAUUUGUGCCGGAGCCCAAUCUGAGCAUCUACAAUGCCUCCAAGGCGGCGGUGAGCCAAUUCUUCGAGACGCUCCGCCUCGAAGCAGGCCCGGGGAUCCCCAUAACCAUUUUCCAGCCGGGCGUCGUCAAGUCCGAGAUGACAGAUGGCAAGGUCAUACUGGCUGACGGGCGCUGGUCGUCGGCGGAAGAAGGGAGAGAACUGCGGAAGGAACCCGGGUUCGGUCUGUUCCCAGUCCUCCCCACCCCCGCUCUCGCCAAGGCCGCCGUCGCAGCCGCGCGGCGCAAAACCAUGCGAGCGGUGAUUCCGUCGUGGUACAAGAGCAUGCUUUUCCUGAGGCUCUUCUCCCCGGAGCUCUUUAUGGCGUCCCUGAGCUGGCUUUUCCGCGGGGAUCGCACCCCCGCAAAGGCGGCCCAGGAUAAGAUGGGGGGGGGCUUCAAGGCCCCGUCGGAUGCGGACAUGCGCGAGGGGGGUUACAGGAAAUCGGAAGAGUAGGUGGCGUUUUGCGAAGAGCAGCAAAGUCCUAUAGACCGACUACAGUCUAUACGGCUGCAUUGAUACUGCAUUGUUUCAGUCAUGUACAUACAAAAGAUGGACAGCGGUCGCGGAACGAAUAAUCUUGCUUACAAUGAGGAACUACACACUAUGUACACUAGGACGACGUACACCGAAUGCGACACUUUUGACCUGCA